CUCGGAGGCGGGACUUCCGGUCGAGCAAACCCGGAAGAACGCGAGUUACUACUGUGUUCCUCCAUAUGCUAGUUACUUUUAACGCGUUGAUGUGAAUUUUCCGGAGUUUGUACUCUUUAGUAUUUGCAAUAAUGCUAUCUUUAGACUUUCUAGACGAUGUACGUCGCAUGAAUAAGCGGCAGCUGUAUUACCAGGUGCUGAACUUUGGUAUGAUAGUUUCCUCUGCUCUGAUGAUCUGGAAGGGACUGAUGGUGGUCACUGGCAGUGAAAGUCCUAUUGUUGUUGUCCUCAGUGGGAGUAUGGAGCCAGCUUUCCACAGAGGAGACCUUUUGUUUUUGACCAACCGAAUAGAAGAUCCCAUUAGAGUUGGAGAGAUCGUCGUCUUCAGAAUAGAAGGCAGAGAGAUCCCUAUAGUGCACAGAGUACUAAAGAUCCAUGAAAAGGAAAAUGGAGACAUUAAGUUCUUGACCAAAGGAGACAACAACGCUGUGGAUGACCGAGGGCUGUACAAGCAGGGUCAACACUGGCUGGAGAAAAAAGAUGUGGUGGGACGAGCAAGAGGGUUUGUGCCGUACAUUGGAAUCGUCACCAUUCUCAUGAACGAUUACCCCAAGUUCAAAUAUGCUGUGCUCUUCAUGCUGGGUCUGUUCGUGUUGGUCCAUCGGGAGUGAGGUGCUUCAGCGCCCGUGAAGAUCAAGAAACUACGUCCAGAAAACCUCAGUCAUGCCUUUCAAAAUAAAACAAACAAAAAAAUCUUUCGAAAUAAGUCAAACCCACCUGGUUUUCUUUCUUCAUGCCAUUUGUUGGAACAUUUUGUAGAAAUGUGGUUAGUGUUUACAUUAGAAAAUUUAAAGCUUUAAAAAAUAGUUUUGGAGGGAACUGAAUUGGACUGAAGUCAAAAGUCAAACUUUGUCAUUUUUCAGAAUGUGAAAGUAAACUCUUCUAGUUUUGUCUUGUUUUUUUAAAAGUCGUCUUUGAAGUGUUUUAUGAUGAUGAAUUAUCAACAUUAAAUAUACAAUUUACCAUCCACUAUAAAUUAUUUAAACUCUUUGCCUCAUGUAUUUGAUUGGCUUCUAUUCAACGGUUUUGUUUUUUCUAAUGUAUACAGACUUCUCAUGAAAACAAGUAUUAUUUCUGUUCAUUGUCGGUUUGUUAAAAAAAUUAUAUAUUUCUUCAAAUCUUAAGACCCUCUGUGGGGAAAAUGACCUUUGUAUUUGUUGCUGUCGAAAGAAUAAUUGCAUUAAAAGCAACAUUUUAAAUAUAUUUUGUAAUCUUACGUUUGGUCAUUUGUUUCUCACAUGAAAUAAAAAGCAGCUCUGUGGUGAA